GGGAGGAGGGGGGGGGUGUCCCGGGGCCAUGUCGGGUCGCGACAGCGUGCAGAUCCCCGACGACCGGGACUUCGGGGCGUUCCGGGCGGAGUGCGAGUCGGAGCGCGGCUGGAGCCUCACCUACAGCAAGGCGGGGGUGGCCGUCUGGGUCCAGCUGCUGGAGCCCGAGCGCUCCCUCCACAAGAUCAAGUGCAGGAUGGAAUGCAAGGAUGUGCCAGCGGAGACGCUCUACGACGUUCUGCAUGACAUCGAGUAUCGGAAAAAGUGGGACACCAACGUCAUUGAGACAUUUGACAUCGGGAAGCUGACUGUCAACUCCGACGUGGGCUACUACGCCUGGAAGUGCCCCAAGCCCCUGAAGAACCGGGAUGUCAUCACGCUCCGCUCCUGGCUGCCCAUGGGCACCGACUACAUCAUCAUGAACUACUCCGUGAAGCACCCCAAUUACCCCCCGCGGAAGGACAUGGUGCGAGCAGUCUCCAUCCAGACGGGCUACCUGAUCGAGGGGACAGGAGCCAAGAGCUGCACCAUCACCUACCUGGCACAGGUGGACCCCAAAGGUUCCCUGCCAAAGUGGGUGGUGAACAAAUCCUCGCAGUUCCUGGCCCCCAAGGCGAUGAAGAAGAUGUACAAGGCUUGCCUGAAGUACCCGGAGUGGAAGCUGAAGCACAACCCGCACUUCAAGCCCUGGCUGUUCCCCGAGCAGAGCCAGCUGCCCGCGCUGCCGCUCUCCGAGCUCUCCCUCCAGCAUGCCGACUCCCUGGAGAACAUCGAUGAGAGCUCCCUCGCCGAGACCAAAGACGACCGCGGCGAGGCCAGUGAUGAGGACAGCGUUAACUGACCCCCUCCCCCGGCCUGGACCCCCUCCGUGGGGUCAUUUUCUCCCAAUCCUCCCCCGUCCCCUCCCCCUUCCACCACAGUUUGUGUCUCUCUCUCUUGCACGCACCUGCACGUGCACCCACGCUUCUGGCUCGGGGCGGGGGGGCUGUGCUGGGCUCCCCCUGGACCGAGGGGUGCCCCCCCCUCCCCUCCACUAGGGUAGGAAGCCGGGGGGUGUCUGGUCCCUUCGCAGCCGCUGCGGGACACACUGGCGAUGUCCCCCUCGUCAUCCCCAUCGGUGGCAAACCCAAAGUGCCCUUCAGCUGUUGCCCUGGGAUGGGGGGCAGAGGAAAGGGGGGGUCCCUGCCCCUGCUCCCCAGCCCAGGGGGGAUCCCCCCAGCCCUUCCUUGCACCCCCCCUGCUCCCCCAGCCCUCCUCCCUGUCUCCUCUGUUAGGGUCUGACAGAACUGCCUUCCUCCUGCAGGACCCCUGCCCUAAGCAGACCCCCGGGGGGGCUGGAGGGGGGGCUGCCCACACCUCCAGGUGUGCAAAGGGGUCUUUAGGGGCUCCUGUCACCUCCAGGCAUGCUGGGCAGGGGGGGGAAGGGGGCUUGGAGGCUCCCAGCACCUCCAGGCAUGUUGAAUAGGGGGGUCUCUGGGGUCUUGCAGCACCUCCAGGCAUGCUGGCAGGGUUUUGGGAGGCUCCUGGCACCUCUGGGUGUGUGUGUGGUGGUGGGAUUUGGGAGCUGCUUGCACCUCCGUGCAUGUUAGGGGGACCUGGGGGGGCUCCCAGCACCUCCAGAUGUUCUGGAGGUCUCUAGGGGCUUGGGGUUCCCAGCACCUCCAUGCAUCUUGGGGGGACUUGGGGGAUUCCUGGCACCUCCAGGUGUGCUGGGGGGUGUCAUGGGGGUCUCCCAGCAUCUUUAUGUGUGUUUGAGGAGGGCUUUGGGGUCUGCUGGCACCUCCGGGUAUGUUGGGGGUCUCGGGGUCCCAGCAUCUUCAGGUCAGGCAUGUUGGGGGGACUUGGAGGCGGGGGGGGGGCUUCUGGCACCUCCAGAUAUUCUGGGGGUCUCGGGGAGCUCCUGCCCCCCCUUUCUAGGUGAGGGACCCCAAGUUCGGUGUCUGAACACUUUCUACGCUAGAAUUAGAGGCCUUGAAUCGGGAUUUUGGAGCUGUUCCUUGGCUGCACUCCUGUCCCCCCGCCGUGCCUGGGGCGGUGAGGGGAGGAGGGAGAUUUUGUACCUUGUACUGGAGCUGAUUAUUUAGGAAUAAAACAAAUAAAUCCGG